AUGUUGAAAAAUUUUGAAACUUUUGAAAAUCUAUUUUAUAGUACAGCAAAGAAUUCCGAUAUUAAUACACCGUCUAACGACAUAUGGAAUGUUGCACCAACAAAUUUUUCUACUACAGAUAGUGCUUCAAAUACGAAACAACAAUGUAGAUUUGGUUCCAAUUGUCGUCAACUGUCUGACUCGACACAUUGUGAUCGUUUUCAACAUCCUUCACAAACAUCAUCACUUAAUACAGUGGCUCCUCCUGAUGAUCAACUAUCAAAUAUGAACGCUGAUACUUCGCGUAGUCAUGCAAGUUAUCGUAAUGAUGAUACGCAAAAAGCUUAUAGUAUCGGAGAUACGAUGAAUUCAGGAAGAUCCAAUCAACAAGAUCAAACAACAAUAAAAUCUUCAACUUCAAAUACGAAACAACAAUGUAGAUUUGGUUCCAAUUGUCGUCAACUGUCUGACUCGACACAUUGUGAUCGUUUUCAACAUCCUUCACAAACAUCAUCACUUAAUACAGUGGCUCCUCCUGAUGAUCAACUAUCAAAUAUGAACGCUGAUACUUCGCGUUCAUCGCGUAGUCAUGCAAGUAAUCGUAAUGAUGAUACGCAAAAAGCUUAUAGUAUCGGAGAUACGAUGAAUUCAGGAAGAUCCAAUCAACAAGAUCAAACAACAAUAAAAUCUUCAAGUGAGGAUGUUGUUACUGUUUCACUAUUCAUAUACAGACCUGUUUUAAAUCUGUUAGAAUCUUGGCGAAAAGAGGAGGGAAUUUGA